AUGGCGCUCACUCGCAAGAGCGUCCUUUGCUCGGCUGUCUGCCUCGCCCUCUUGGUUGGUCUUGCGUAUGCCGGCCAUGAACAUGAGCAUGUGGAUACCGUUGCCGCUGCCAAACUCGACAGUAUGAGUCUUGAAGAGCUGGACGCGCAGCUCCAGACCUGCCCCAUUGUCGAGCAACUCAACGCCGCCAAGCAUGCUCACCACGCCGCUGCACCCUCGUCGAUGACUGCGCGCCUUUUCGCCGUUCUCUUCCCUGGUUCGCCCGCCGUGAACGCCCUCCUCGCGACCCUCUACAUUUCCGGCCCGCCCAACUUCCUCCUCGCUCUGUGCCCGACCAACAUCGACCCUGCCUCUCUGUCCGUGAUGGUUGCUUUUGCCGUUGGAGGUCUUCUUGGUGAUACUUUGUUCCAUCUGCUUCCCGAGAUCUUUGUUGGUGAGGAUCAUGACGAGGCUGUCAAGUUUGUUCUUGUCGAGCCUAACCGCAACCUUAUUCUUGGAUUGGGUAUCUUGAUUGGUUUCAUGACUUUUGUUGCUAUGGAUAAGGGUCUGCGCAUUGCUACUGGCGGAGCUGGACAUGAUCACUCUCACGGACACGGUGACGCACACGUCCAUUCGCAUAGUGAGGAUAAGGCUAUCUCUUCAGGUGUGGACGCUACAGAUGGUGAUGUCAAGUCUCGCAAGAAGGGCAUUGAGGAUAAGGGUGCUGUUGUUUCCAAUGCUGUUGAGCAGCCCAAGAAGGAGAUCAACCCCAGCGUCAAGAUGGGUGGCUACUUGAACCUCAUCGCCGACUUCACCCACAACAUCACUGAUGGCCUGGCCAUGUCUGCCAGCUUCUACGCUUCUCCUACUAUUGGAGCUACCACCACCGUCGCCGUCUUCUUCCACGAGAUCCCCCACGAGGUCGGCGAUUUUGCCCUUCUCAUCCAAUCUGGGUUUUCCAAGCGAGCUGCCAUGGGCUCUCAAUUCAUCACUGCCUUGGGAGCUCUUCUCGGUACUCUGAUUGGUAUUGCCGUGCAAGAGUUUGGUGGCCCCAGCAGCAGCGACGCUCCCAUGGGUCGCCACGAGGGUAUCUGGGGCACUAGCCUGUCCUGGGGUGAUAUGCUUCUUCCCUUCACAGCCGGCACAUUCCUCUACGUCGGAACUGUUGCCGUCAUCCCUGAGCUUCUUGAGACUGGCCCCAACAAGGCCAAGGAGCUCAAGAACAUGAUUGUUCAGUUCUCUGCCGUUGCCGUUGGUGCUGGUAUUAUGCUGUACAUUUCGUGGCACGAUUAG